UCCAUCCGUCGUCAGUGUGGCAUCAACAUUCGUGGAGGCAGGACGUCGCGCUUCCCUCCGCCUGCCCACACGCCUGUCCCAUUCUCCCUCACACAGCCUCGGGGCCCCGACACGCACCCGCCGCUCGCUGAACAGGGCGGGAAAUGCCUCGUAAAUUGUCCGCGUAACUCAAACAGAUUUGAAAAGCCUUCAAGUACAUCAAAUAAGGAAUCCAGCAUCACAUAAACUAUUAAUGAUGAAACAGCAUCGAGUCAUUAGAGUGAAUUAGUGGCUACCUGAGCUGACCCGCGGUCCUGAGCACCUGUGUUUACCUGUGAUCAAGAUAAUGGAGCCCCCUCACCUCGCCAACACCGGGAGGCGAACCUGCCGCUGCACCGGGUGAGGCGCUUGGAGCUUUGGGUCACGUGUGUAAAGGAAUAAAGUGCCAAAGGAGUAGCCUGACCUCAAUUAUCCCCUCCCCUCCUUUCCCUCCUCUUCGCCGUCCUACCUCCUGUCCUCCUUCCUCCUCCAGGCACUCGCAAAACAAAGGACGGGCAGCAAACAAAACUGACAUCUGAGGAUCGUCUUGUGCAACAUUGUGACGCAUUGCCGUCAGGAAAUGUCACCCGGAAGUUAAACCCACACGUCCCCCCGCGGGCCAAGUGUGCAUGGUGUCCCUCCGCCCGCUACCUGUCUGUGGAAAAUCAAGAUUGCGAACGAAUCCUCUGUAAUCAAGGACGUGUCUGGAAAGGGAUAUUACUCUAAUCGAUAUUCUCAUUGGCCUUCAGGGUUUUAUAGGAAGGGGGAGAUUGAAAAAAUAAGUGAUGAAAGUGUUCAUAAAUCUCAAAUUUUUAUCACAUUACUUGUAAAAUUCGGAAAAAUACGGUUAACUAAAAAAAUGUGUACUGACAAAUAAUAUUACAUUUAGCUGCAAUCCUCGUGUGGAAGAUAUACACAAAGAAUAUUUCCGGAAAAGAGUGACCGAGACCACGAGCGUGAGUGUGCUUACCGAAACGUCAAGUGGAGUCGCGAGGGAAGCAGACCAAGAGUGAUGUGUGGCGCGGCGAGGCGGCAGUGCGGCCCAGGGAGCGGCGCGCCCAAAUUGUGAUGAUAGGAAUGCAUUAAGCCUGAUCUUUGGUAGUCAGGCGGCGGUGCUGUGGUGAAUCUUUACCGCUGCAUAAGUGACCGCCGUGCCGCUGCGAUAAAGAGCAAGAUAAACCUGCCAGAGGUGGAGUCUACUAACAGAAGAGCUGAAGAAGGUGGACGAAACGAAAGUGGAAAAACUAAGGACCAUCGCUCUACUUUUCCUCUUCCUCGUCCCCUUAACGACACCUGGUGAAGAUGGCUGUUCUUCCCCUCCUCCUGCCCCUACUGACUGGUCUAGCAGCAGGCGUGAGGAGCGAAGGGCUCAUCCCCCCGCCGCCCCUCGUCACCGACCAGCCCUACUUCGACCCCAGCAUGUCCACCACCCUCACCGCCCACGUGGGAAGGCGCGCCGAGCUUCACUGCCGCGUCCACUCCAUUGGGAACAGAACCGUGUCAUGGAUCCGAGGACGCGACCUGAGAAUCCUGACAGUGGGGCGCUAUACCUAUACGACAGACCUUCGCUACGAGGCGCUACACCAGGACGGCACCAACCAGUGGACGCUGAGAAUUACGUCCGCUCAGCCGCGCGACGAGGGCACCUACGAAUGUCAGAUUAGUACUAAGCCAGUGAAGGCGUUCACCGUGUUCCUCAAAGUGCUCGAGCCUCGAGGGGAGAUCCUGGGCUCCCCGGACCUGUACGUGCAGAAGGCCAGCAUGAUCAACUUGACCUGCAUCCUGCACGACCUGCCCGAGCCGCCUGAGUACGUGCUCUGGUACCACGAGAACAAGAGCAUCAGUUACAGUAGUAGCCGUGGUGGGGUGUCCAUGGUGGUGGUGAAGGGCCCCACCACCACCAGCCACCUGCUCAUCACCUCCGCCACCACGCAGGACGCCGGGCUAUACACCUGCGCCCCGGCCGAUCUCUCCACCACACAUAUCAGAGUCUACGUUCUUGAUGGUGAGGACGCCGCUGCCACACUAAAGAACACCUCUGUCACGCACACUCAUCCCCUGCCCCCUCCUGGAGAGGGACACGCUAUGCCACCCGCCGUCGCCACCACCAGCACCACCACCAUGGGCAGCGUGACGGGCGGCGGCAGCAGGGUGGUGGGGGCGUCCUUACCGUUGUCCCUUCACCUGUCCAUUGCCCUCACCGCAGCUAGAAUACUUAGCUCUGUGUGGGUUGAAGUGACGUAAUACUCUUGUGUGUGUGUGUGUGUGUGUGUGUGUGUGUGUGUGUGUGUGUGUGUGUGUGUCAACUUCCCUAUCCCCUUCAUCUGUGUACGUAUAUAUGUUUCCCAAGUGUGUGUGUGUGUGUGUGUGUGUGUGUGUGUGUGUGUGUGUGUGUGUGUGUGUGUGUGUGUGUGUGUGUGUGUGUAUGUGUAUGUGUAUGUGUGUGUGUGUGUGUGUGUGUGUGUGUGUGUGUGUGUGCGCGCGUUUCAAUAUGCGUGAUUACAAUGCAGACGCAUGUACACAUACACAUAUAUGUACAUCAACUUUGUCGUGUGUAUUGUGUGUACCAUAUUACGCACACAAUAUCCUCCCAAGUACUCACACCAAUUCCCCAUAGUGAGUGAUUGAAUGAGAGAGAGAGAGAGAGAGAGAGAGAGAGAGAGAGAGAGAGAGAGAGAGAGAGAGAGAGAGAGAGAGAGAGAGAGAGAGAGAGAGAGAGAGAGAGAGAGAGAGAGAGAGAAAGUGUGUGUGUGUGUGCGUAUUUCUCUGAUGGAUACACAAAGCAAAUAUGUCAAUACUAUUAUAAUAUCAAUAAAUGAUUUACUAGA